UGGGUUUCAGUUCCCCCAGUGCGGGGAAGUGACCUUCACGCUGAGAUUUCACUUCUGCAUGCCAGCAACGGGGGAAUUUGCAGUUGUCUGGCUGCAAACCCCUCGGGAGAAGGUGUUUGGGGUGGCACAGGGCAGGUCUGCGUGGGGCCGCAAAGCCGCCCUCUCCACACUCUCCAUCCUGGUGGCCCUGCUGAUCGCUGGCCAGGCUGUCACCAUCUACUUCGUCUACCAGCAGAGCGGGCAGAUCAGCAAGCUGACCAAGACCUCCCAGACCCUGCAGCUGGAGGCACUGCAGAGGAAGCUGCCUGCCAGUGCCAAGCCGGUGAACAAGAUGAAGAUGGCCAUGGCAAGCAGGCCCCUGGCCAUGAAGGUCCUGCCUCUCGCCCCCUCUGUAGGCAACAUGCCCUUGUGCUCACGCUGCCCCUUUGCCUUUUCUCUUGAGGACAUGAUCCCCACUAGCAACAAAACCGAGGACCAAGUGAAGCAGCUGCUCCUGCAAGGAGACCCCAUGAAGACGUUCCCAGACCUGAAGGACAACCUGAUGCGCAACCUGCAGAACCUGAAGAACACCAUGACUGAUACAGACUGGAAGUCCUUUGAAUCCUGGAUGCACAAGUGGCUGCUGUUUGAAAUGGCCAAGAACCCGCAGCCGGAGGAGCGUAAGGCGAUCCCAGCAGAGAAAGUGCAAACUAAGUGCCAGGUGGAGGCCAGUUUUGGGGGUGUCCAGCCUGGUCGCUUCCGCCCGCAGUGUGAUGAGAACGGCGACUACCUGCCCAAGCAGUGCAAUGCCUCCUCGGGCUACUGCUGGUGCUCCUACAAAAAUGGCACCAGGAUUGAGGGCACUGCCACUCGGGAAAAGCUGGACUGCCCUGAUGCUGCCAUAGAGCCGGAGGAGAUGUUCUUCUCUGGGGUGGGCAUGCAAAAGCUGGGUGCGAGUACGGAGAAAGCCAAGUAG